AUGAGUCACAGCGGCCUCGGCCCGGAGCAGGAGAAGGCACGGGGCAGUAAAGUAGAAUGGUUUAAGUGUUCUAAGAAUACAAUCCUCAAACUGACUGCAUGGUUGAUGCGGUGGCUGGGCAACUGGCUGCCGUACAACGUGUCUCUAACUCUUUGUGUGAUCCACAAAUCGUUGGCCUGGGUGUCAUGUAUCGGUUGGCGAACAACGAAUGCGUGGCUAGCUGGGAAUCUAGCUUGCAAGUUCUUUUUAGUUCUAAGAGCUUUCGGCCUGUACCUAUCAUCUAAUGUCUUGGUCUGCAUAUCGCUUGAUAGGUUUUUCGCCAUCCUCUAUCCUUUAAGGCUACCCAUCGCUAGAAAGAGAAGCAAGAUAAUGCUGUCUCUUGCUUGGAUCAUCGCUCUUCUAUGCAGCUUGCCACAGAGCCUAGUCUUCCGUGUGAUGAGUCAUCCGAAGGUGCCAGAUUUUCAGCAGUGUGUGUCCUUUGAGGCAUUUGCGAACCAACAACAAGAGCUGGCGUACAACGUGUUUUGUCUUGGGGCGGUGUAUUUUCUGCCCCUGACAAUAAUCUCAGUUUGUUACGCCUGCAUAUUUUAUGAAAUAUCAAAAAAUUCUAAAGAGAAUUCUGAAAAAUACCACCAAUCAGAUCACAGUAGAGUGAUGCUGAGGCGAUCUGACCAGAGGCCGCUGGCUCGAGCGCGAAGAAGAACCCUCCGUAUGACUGUUACCAUAGUAACUGUUUUCGCUUGCUGCUGGCUGCCUUACGCUACCAUGACUUUAUGGUACAUGUUAGAUCGCAAGUCAGCAGUCCACGUAUCAGCGAGGGUUCAAGACCUGUUCUUCAUCAUGGCAGUCUCCAACUCGUGCAUGGAUCCCUUGGUCUACGGCUCCUACAUCAUAGACCCGAGGACCUUCAAAAGAACUAUUAGGAAGAUCUUCUGCAUCCAUGUCAGCCCUUCAGAAAUACCUGGCCCGAGCGUACGGCGCGAAGACUUCCGCGCGCGCCUCAAAGAGCCAAUAGACCACCACAGACGGGGCCCUAAAGGGCUGAUGUUCAGCCGAGGUUGCGGGGCAAGCGCAAUGAGGCACCGCGACCCCGGCCCAGAGCAGAAGAAGGAGCACUCUUACUGA